AUGAAUGAACAGUAUGCUAAAUUUGACCCAAGAGCUGGUAAUGAUGGAAGACCUCACGACUACAGUAAACAUUACACAAUGAUUGAAGACCGGUCUGACAUUCUAAAUUGCAUGUUACAAGAAACAGAGAAAAUUGAGACAGUUUCAACCAAAGAUGAUUCACUUGCUCCAGAAACCUGUCCUUUUAAGGCUACAGUAGAGAUUCUUAAACUUUGGUGUGCAGAGCACUGGCUGUCAGAAAGCUGGCUGGUCACAUGCGCUGAGGAGACCAGUACCAACAAAAGUCAGAUUACUGAACUGAGGUGCACUUUUCAAGCCUUGGAGAUAGAGCUGAAAUCCCAACUUGUUCUGAAACAAUCUCUUGAAGCCACCUUGACAGAGACAGAAGGUCGCUAUUGUGCACAGCUUUCAGAAAUACAAGUGGUGAUUAGCAGCGUGGAGAUACAAGUGCAACAGAUAAGGGAUGACAUGGAAUGCCAGAAUUCAGAGUAUGAAUUACUCCUGGACAUCAAGAUUCAUCUGGAAAAUGAGAUUGAGGUUUACCGCCGCCUGCUAGAUGGAGAGGGAAGGUAA